AUGUUGUCGGGUGCCCGCGCGCAGGCGUGCGUGCCAUUCCGGGGAUCACCGGGUACGGCCCACAAGUGCGACACCUUCCUGGUGCCGGGCACCAACGUGUUCCUGGCCUCCGACCAGACCUACGAGUCGGUGGACGCGGCCGCCGGUAACUUCACCCACCUCUUCGGGGCCUUCAUGCCGCCCGACUGUCGCACGGCGGGCCUGCGGCUGCUCUGCCUCUCUUGGUUCCUCCCUUGCGACUUCAGCAGCACGGGUCUCGCCGUGUUGCCGCCGUGCCGGUCGGUAUGCGAGGAGAUGACGCUGGCAUGCUACGCCUUCCUGGAGAGCCAGAACCAGCUUAAUCAACUGCCCGACUGUGACAGCAUCAUCAACGUCACCGGCACCCCCCUGCCGGCCUUCCUGCCCGUCAGCUGCGCUUACGGCCCCACCGACGCCGUGGUGCCCUACAGCCAGGCGGACUGUCCCUACCCGCUCAACUGGGACCCGCAGGCGGCGCCGGGCGCGUCGGACAUGUGCGUGGCGCCCUGCCCGAACCUGUUCUACAGCAGCGGGGAGUGGGUGGCCAUCCGGGUGGUGGCCUACGUGUUCUCCUUCAUCUCGCUGGUCAUCAACCUCUUCCUCUGCAUCACGUGGAGCCUCAACCCGAAGAAGCGACGCUUCCCGGCCUCGGUGCUCCUCUACAUCUCCCUCUGCUUCAUCUUCUUCACCGGCUUCCAGUUCCUCGGGGUCUUCUUCGAGCCCAACUCCAUCACCUGCACCAAGGACUGGCCGCCCAAGCCCGUCAGCAUGGACUCGGCCGGCGAGAACGGAGGCUGGGGCAUGGGCUGCAUUUUUCAAGCGAUGGUCUUCAGCUAUCUCACCAUCGCCCAAAUUUUGUGGUGGCUCGCCCUCAACAUCAACCUGUUCGUGCUCCUGGUCCUCGAAAUCAGGCAAGAGCGGUUCAUGAAGCUGCACAAGUGGUACCACGUGAUGUGCUGGGGCCUGCCCAUGAUCUCGCUCAUCCUGCUGCUGGCCACGAAGAAGGUGGGCGGCUCCAUCAGCAGCCCCUACUGCCAGUUCUACAGCGACGGGGGCCGCUCCUGGUGGGACUGGGCCUUCGUCUUCGGUCCCACAAUUCCAUUCUUGAUCGUGGGCAUGGUGCUGCUUUGCAUCAGCGUCAUCAAGCUCAUGGUGCUCAAGUUCAAGCGAAAGGAGAGCAGCCUGACGUCGCACCUGGUGCGCCUCAUGUCGAUGGUCAUCUACUUCCUCAUCAACAUCGCCAUCACCUACUCCUUCCGCAUCUACGCCGAGGUGCGCUACGACGACAUUCAGCGGGCGGUCGAGCAGCAGGUCGCGUGCAGUCUCACCACCGGCACCGAAUGCGAGAUGAAGGGAGGAAUCAGCUACGCCUACUUCUUCUUCGUCGUCCUCGCCACCGCGACCAUUGGAGACGCCGUCUUCAUCUUCCUCGGCACCACCAAGGAAACGUUCGGGUUCUGGGCGCGGCUCAUCCACGCGCGGCAGGCCGAGGAGGGAUUCCUGACCCACGCGUGGGCCAUGGUGAAGGGCCACACCUCCGAUUCGUCCUCCUCGGGCGGAUCUUCGCCGCCCGCCUCCAACCUCUCCAACGGCUCCUCCCUCGACUUCGAACUCGCCAGCCUCUCCUCCAAGCCCUCCACCAACCUCUAG